UCAAAUGCAAUCAAGAUAUUAUUUGCCAUUAUAAAGAGAUACAGACUAGCUAACCUAUUUUCUUAACCUAUGCUAACUGGUAUCAAGUGUCAAGUCAAAUAUGCAGAGAUACAUGUGCUAAAUAACUUUUUAAGUUUUGAAAGCACUUUUCAACUUAAAGAAACCUAAUAUUAUCUUUUUCUAUAUCUGGAAAGAAAAGCAUUUACUAAUAAUAAAAUCUUACAAUUCGUAUAUCGUUCGAUUACUUCGAGAAAGAAGAAUGAAGAUUUCAGUAUUUAAUAAAGAUGACUUUGUAUUGCUAGUAGGAGAAGGCAAUUUCUCAUUUUCUGUAGCAUUAUUGCGGCAUAAUUUAAACAUAAAGUUUAUUACUACUUGCUAUGAAUCUAGCGUGAGUCAAGAGACUGCAAAAGAAAAUAUAAAGUAUCUUCAGAACAAUGGUAUCUGUGUAUUGUUUGAUGUAGAUGCUACAAAAUUGGAAGAAUGUCUUGCAUUAAAAUCUAAAUUAUUUGACAAAAUUAUUUUUAACUUUCCUCAUGUGGGUGGUAAAAUGAGAAUAGAUAAAAAUAGGGACUUACUGAAAAGCUUUUUUGUAUCAUCCCAAAAAAUGAUAAAAGAAAAUGGUCAAGUAUUAGUGACAUUGUGUAAUGGCCAAGGUGGAACACCUAUGGACAAUCCCAAGAGGCGUUGGGAUGAUUCAUGGAAAAUUGUAGAAAUGGCUGCGCAUGGAAAUUUUAUAUUAACAAAAGUAGAACCCUUUUUGUGGCAAUCUUUUCCAGACUUUGUUGUAACAGGCUAUCGCAGUUUAGAGAAACAAUUUCAUACAGCAGGCUCGUUGACACAUUUUUUUAUAAAGAGCAAGCCACCCACAGUGUAUAAUAUUACACCUAGCAAUAAAAUAGACAUUUCUAAAUACAGUAUAAAUAAUAUUACAUGGAAAGAAGUAAUGAACAAUAUCGAAAAUGAAUCGGAUUACGAUGUCAGGACAUUGUCUGUCACUGCAUGUAUACAUGAGAAGAAAUCUAUAGCCAAACCUUUACGUAGUAUAAAACCAAAAUCAAAACACGAUACUCUACAGUAUUUUGUUGAUAUAAAACAAACAAGAACAAUCGGAGGAAAAGGUGGAGAUGGUGAAAUAUCGUUCUUACGAUUGUGGGUCAAUGAUCGAGCUGGUCCUGAUGGAGGUGACGGUGGGCAUGGUGGUCAUGUAAUAUUUGAAGCAAAAACAAAUGUGAAAGAUCUUCGAGAUAUAAAGUCUGUGAUUAGAGCUGAAGAUGGUGAGAAGGGAUAUACUAAAGAUUGCUUUGGCAAAAACGCGCAACACAAUGUGAUAGGAGUACCUAUUGGGACGAUCGUGCGUGAUCUAAAUGGCAGAAUAUUAGCCGACUUGGAUCAAAAUGGGAUGAUGUUUAUUGCCGCGAGAGGUGGUGCCGGUGGGCAUGGAAAUGUCUUUUUUAAGUCAGAUACUCAGCAAUCACCAGAAAUAUCCGAAUAUGGUGCGAUCGGAGAAGACUUGCAAUAUGUGUUAGAAAUAAGAAGUAUGGCCCACAUUGGAUUAAUUGGUCUACCAAAUGCUGGUAAAAGUACACUUUUAAGAGCUAUAACCAGAGCUAGGCCAAAGAUAGCAGCAUAUCCUUUCACUACUCUGAAACCUUACAUAGGCAUGAUACAGUAUGAUGAUUAUGAACAAGUUGCAGUGGCCGAUAUGCCCGGUCUCAUAGAAGACUCGCACAAGAAUAAAGGACUCGGUAUAACUUUUCUCAAACACGCGGAGCGUUGCGCCGCUUUAAUAUUUAUUUUAGACGUUACAGUGGACGAACCAUGGAGAGCUCUAGAAACUCUAAAGUAUGAAAUUAAUCAGUUUAAUCAAAGAUUAAACGAUAGGCCUCAUAUCAUUAUAGCGAACAAAAUGGAUUUGCCUAAUGCUGAGAUUAAUUUACAAUUACUCAAGAAAUAUGUAAAUUUACCGAUAAUUCCUAUCUCUGCCAAGCUGGGUACAAACAUCUCCACUUUAUUAAAAGAAAUUAGGAUACUGUAUGAUAAUCUUAAAACCAAUACAUCGGAAGAAAAUGACAAUCCUCUUGCAUAAUGUAACAGCGCAUUCCAGUAGAAAAUGCAAAUAAAUAUUUUUAUUACAAUA